ACCCGUUUCUACAAUAAAUAAUACCGUUUCUGGAAUAAAAAGUAAAAUUAUACACAAAUAUAUUUUAUUCAGAAUAAACGACAAAUAUUUUUAACGUAGUAAUGCGUAAAACGACAUACAAAAAUAUAUACUAUAUACAGAUAUUAUCUAUAAAUAAUAUUCUAUAGUUUAAAUGAACGACAUUUAAUUCCUCGUAACAAUCAUAAAAAUGAUCACAAUUAGCAAGAUAUUAAAACCACUACAAAUUAAUAUAAUAGAAAUUUUAUUUUUAUCCCAUACAACCAUAAUAGGGACUGAGGGAAGUAACGAAACUUUCGAACACGGAACUUCCGAAGAUUACAAAAGAAGCCACCCAACAGAUUAAACAUAUGUCAAAAUUGAAACAUACUCUAUCAGACUGCAAUGUAACAAAGCUUCAACUAUCUCUUUUUGAAAAACUUGAAAAAAUCCUCAAAAAGAUUAAAAAAUGCAACAAUGUAGAGCCUCAAACUUCGACAACACAACGCUCGACACCAUCACAUGGUACACGCGCACCGCAUUCAUCAGACAAAACAACUGCAACUACGAAAGUACCAACUAGUAGUACCACCCAAGAAUCGACUUCCAGGAACACAAAAAAACCAGCUAGUAGUGCAACUGAAAAAUCAACCUCAAGCACUACAGAAGGGUCAGCUAGCAGCACUACUCAAAAAUCUACCACAGGUAGCACAGAAGGACCAGCAAGCAGCACUGGCCAAGAAUCUACCGUAAGCAGCACAGAAGGACCAACAAGUAGCACUACCCAAGAAUCCAGCUCAAGCAGCACAGGAGGUCCAAGUACUACUAGUACAAAGGAAUCAUCCUCAACCAGUACAGAAGAACCCUCUAGUAGCACUACCCAAGGAUCCAGCUCAAGUAGCACAGAAGCUCCACGUACUACUAGCACAAAGGUAUCAUCCUCAGACACCACCGAAGGACCAGCUAUUAGCACUACUCCAGACUCCAGUUCAAGCACCACAGAAGGACCAGCAAGUAGAACUACCCAAGAAUCCAGCUCAAGCAACACAGAAGGUCCAAGUACAACUAGUACAAAGGAAUCAUCCUCCAGCAGCACAGAACAACCUGCUAUUAGCACUACAUCAGAAUCGAGACCUAGCACCACAGAAGGACCAACUGUAGCCACUACCCAAGAAUCUAGCUCAAGCAGCACAGGAGGACCAGCGAGUAGCACUACCCAAGAAUCUAGCUCAAGCAGCACAGAAGGUCCAAGCACUACGAGUACAAAGGAAUCAUCCUCCAGCAGCACAGAACAACCUGCUAUUAGCACUAUCCCACAAUCGAGUUCUAGCACCACAGAAGGACCAGUUCUUACCAGUACCCAAGAAUCUAGCUCAAGCAGCACAGAAGCAUCAGCAAGUAGCACUACCCAGAACACCAGCUCAAGCAGCACAGAAGGUCCAAGUACAACUAGUACAAAGGAAUCAUCCUCCAGCAGCACAGAACAACCUGCUAUUAGCACUACAUCAGAAUCGAGACCUAGCACCACAGAAGGACCAACUGUAGCCACUACCCAAGAAUCUAGCUCAAGCAGCACAGGAGGACCAGCGAGUAGCACUACCCAAGAAUCUAGCUCAAGCAGCACAGAAGCUCCAAGUACUACUAGCACAAAGGGAUCAUCCUCAGACACGACAGAAGGAUCAGCAAGUAGCACUACCCAAGAAUCCAGCUCAAGCAACACAGAAGCUCCAAGUACUACUAGCACAAAGGAGUCAUCCUCCAGCAGCACAGAACAACCUGCUAUUAGCACUAUCCCACAAUCGAGUUCUAGCACCACAGAAGGACCAGUUCUUACCAGUACCCAAGAAUCUAGCUCAAGCAGCACAGAAGGAUCAGCAAGUAGCACUACCCAGAACACCAGCUCAAGCAGCACAGAAGGUCCAAGUCCUACUAGUACAAAGGAAUCAUCUUCCAGCAGCACAGAACAACCUGCCAUUAGCACUACCCAAGAAUCCAGCUCAAGCAGCACAGUAGGUCCAGCUAAUAGUACUACCCAAGAAUCUACCUCAAGCGAUACAGAAGGUCCAGCCAGUAGCACUACCCAAGAAUCCAGCUCAGGCCCCACAGGAGGUCCAAGUUCCACUAGUACAAAGGAAUCAUCCUCAGACACCACAGAAGGACCAGCAAGUAGCACUACCCAAGAACCCAGCUCAAGCAGCACAGAAGGUCCAAGCACUACGAGUACAAAGGAAUCAUCCUCCAGCAGCACAGAACAACCUACGAUUAGCACUACCCAAGAAUCCAGCUCAAGCAACACAGAAGGUCCAAGCACUACGAGUACAAAGGAAUCAUCCUCCAGCAGCACAGAACAACCUACGAUUAGAACUACCCAAGAAUCCAGCUCAAGCAGCACAGAAGGACCAGCGAGUAGCACUACCCAAGAAUCCAGCUCAAGCAGCACAGAAGGUCCAAGCACUACGAGUACAAAGGAAUCAUCCUCCAGCAGCACAGAACAACCUACGAUUAGCACUACCCAAGAAUCCAGCUCAAGCAACACAGAAGGUCCAAGCACUACGAGUACAAAGGAAUCAUCCUCCAGCAGCACAGAACAACCUACGAUUAGAACUACCCAAGAAUCCAGCUCAAGCAGCACAGAAGGACCAGCGAGUAGCACUACCCAAGAAUCCAGCUCAAGCAGCACAGAAGCUCCAAGUACUACUAGCACAAAGGGAUCAUCCUCAGACACGACAGAAGGAUCAGCAAGUAGCACUACCCAAGAAUCCAGCUCAAGCAACACAGAAGGUCCAAGUACAACUAGUACAAAGGAAUCAUCCUCCAGCAGCACAGAACAACCUGCUAUUAGCACUACCUCAGAGUCGAGACCUAGCACCACAGAAGGAUCAACUGUUGCCACUACCCAAGAAUCUAGCUCAAGCAGCACAGGAGGACCAGCGAGUAGCACUACCCAAGAAUCUAGCUCAAGCAGCACAGAAGCUCCAAGUACUACUAGUACAAAGGGAUCAUCCUCCGACACCACAGAAGGACCAGCUAUUAGCACCACCCCAGAUUCCAGUUCUAGCGCCACAGAGGGGCCUGCCGGUAGCACUAGCCAAGAAUCUACCGUAAGCAGCACAGAAGGACCUGCAAGUAGAACUACCCAAGAAUCCAGCUCAAGCAGCACAGAAGGACCAGCAAGUAGAAGUACUCAAGAAUCCAGCUCAAGCAGCACAGAAGCUCCAAGUACUACUAGUACAAAGGAAUCAUCCUCAGUCACCACAGAAGGACCAGCAAGUAGCAGUACCCAAGAAUCCAGCUCAAGCAACACAGAAGGUCCAAGUACAACUAGUACAAAGGAAUCAUCCUUAGACACGACAGAAGGACCAGCUAUUAAGACUACCCCAGAAUCGAGUCCUAGCAGCACAGAAGGACCAGCUAUUGCCACUACCCAAGAAUCCAGCUCAAGUAGCACAGAAGGACCAUCCAGUAGCACUACCCAAGAAUCUACUUCAAGUAGUACUGAAGGACCAGCAAAUAGCACUACAAAAUCCACAACAUCUAGCGGUUGUUCAUGCGCUACUGCUGAACCUAGUACUACUGAAUCACCGCGGGAUAUGUGGUAUGCAUCUUUAAUGCGCUGUUUAAGAAAGCAUAAUUUUGAUGCAAUUUCAAUUGUCAAUGGGCGCAAGAUAAUUUUCAUCUUAGAACAAUGUCUAUUUAACGUUGGUCCACUGAGUCAGUUAUUAGCGAAAGGCUCGAACGAGGUAUCAUAAUUUUCAUAAUUAUGAUAGUGAACAAAUGAGAAUUUGUAAUUUAUAUACAAGCCAGGGACAAUGUUGCAACAACGAGCAUUGAAGGAAAUAUCAAUUUAUUCCUAACUGAAGUCAAUGGAAGAAUCGAAGUUUGCACAAUAAUUUCUAAAAUAUAUUAGGUCAGUCCAUAAAUUGCUUUGUUCCUCUGUACUAUAAUCGUUAAUAAAGAAGAAGAUAUGAUACAAUUUUUCUUAUACAAGAUACUUUU